GACAUGUCCAGAAUUGAAACAUUGUUGAAGUAAAUCCAGGAAAAUAGUAAAUGAAAUUCAAGGUAUGAAGUGCUGAUUGUAUGAAGCUUGGGAGAGUUCAGAAAGGGCUCAGUAUAAAUGAGGUAGAGAAUGGUAAAUUAAGGCAGCUAGCUAUGCCAUUUAGCUAAUGAACCUCACUGAUAUUUAGAGUUGCCUCACUUCUAUCUUUGCAUAUCUCUCUACCCACCUUCCUCCCUCUUUUUCCUCCUCCCACCUUCCCUGCCUCCCUCCUCUCUCCUCCCUCCCUCACUCUCUUCCUUCCUCCCUCACUCUCUUCCUUCCUCUCUUCUUUCCUCUCUCCUUCCUCUCUCCUUCCUCUCUCCUUCCUUUCUUAUGUUCAACUAGUAUUUUGUACAUCUGCUCUGUGCCAGGCACAGACUGCUGGGUAGGCUUUGGGGUGCAGCAAUGAAUGAGAUAUUAUUUUUACUUUUAUGAAUCUUUGCAGUCUAUUAAGGUAGUUAUUUGGCAAAUGAUUUAAAUUAGGAAGCAUCCUCGGAAGGAAGAGUAUGUACUAUAAAAGCAUUUAACAGAGCGACAGGUCCUCUCCUAUUCUAUCAAGGAAUCAGACCAAGCUUCUCUGGGUGAAUGUUUGUACUUGCUAUGCUUUGAAAGACAGAGACUUUGUCUUGUCCAUUCCUUAUCCUUUGACCCUAGAGAUCUGCCUGGAAUAUUGUACACACUUAAUAAAUAUGUGUUGAAUAAUUCUGAGCUUUGAGUGUGAAUAGGGCUAGCUAACUGGAGAGUUAAGUGGUACAGGGGAUUGUUCCAGGAAAUGAUAUUGUGCCCAAAACAUGAUGUUGUGCCCAAACAUAAAGCUGGCUGUCCAAUAUGGUAGCCACAUGUGGCUAUUUAUCAUUUGGAAUAUGGCUCAUCCAAGUUGAGAUACACUGUAACUAUAAAAUAAACAACAGGUUUUAAAGACAAUAUAAAUAAAAAAUGUAUAAUAACUUAUUUUUUAAUGUCUAUUUGUGUUGAGAGAGAGAGAGAGAGAGAGAGAGCACGUGACUAGGGGAGGGGCAGAGAGGGAGGAGAGACAGAACCCUAAGCAGGCUGUGCACUUAUAGUACAGAGCGCAACGCGGAGCUCAAUCCCAUGAACGGUGAGCUGAAACCAAGAGUCGGGUGCUUAACCAACUGACCCAUGCAGGUGCUCUAAAAUAACUUAUUGAUAAAUUUUAAAAUAUUGAUUACAUGUUGGAAUUAUUGUAUUUUUGAUAUGUUGGGUAAAUUCAAAUAUAUCGUUAAAAUUAAUUUCACCUGUUUCUUUUUUUUUUUACAUUUUGAACGUGGCUACCAGAAAAUGUAACAUUACAUGUGUGACUUGCAUUUGUGUACCAUUAUACUCUCUUGCACAGCACUGAUACAUAUAGUAAACCUUCCAGAUGGUUCUAUUCCAUGGAAGUAUUAUGUGAUGGGAGUCUGACAUGCAUUACACACUUUUGCUCUCUAGUCUGAAAUAAGAGACCCUUCCAUCCCACUUCUGCCUAAACUGUGGCAAGUCCCUAUACAGAGAGAAACGUCUGUCUUGCUGAAAAGCUAUUGCAUUGUAAAAGCUUACUCUGUUGAUCUGUUCUGGGAUUGUCGUAUUGUGCAUCUCAAUACAAAAACUGUAGCAUCUAAGAAUGCUGCUGAGUGAAUAGAUUUAGUGAACAGCUUCUGAGUAGUGUGGUGAUGGAUGUAAAUGCUAACUGUAUUUCUUUCAUGAGCCCAAUUCCUAGUUUGUUUGCUUUAGAGGUUAUGUUGAUUGGACAGUUUUGAGUUGAUUUGACCAAGUGGUGAUAUACUGAGGCAAAUUGGUUCUCUCUUCGGAGAAAGAAUAAACUAUGAGAAAUGGAAGUAGAGUAUGGGACCAUUCUCUAGGGAUACAACUUUAGCUUAUAGGUGUUUAAAUCCCUGAAUAGGAAGCAGUACUGAUGAUUAGAAACUGUAUUCUGAAUACAUUCAGAAGGAUUGUGGCAUCUGGAAGGAAAGGGAAUGUGUUGUAAAAGUUAAUUCCAAGGUCCAGCUGUGUGUGCCUAUAGAGCAAAUAGAAGCAAGAGAACUGGCUGUGUAUUUGCAAUGGCUUUUGGCUGAGGGGUCACUUUGGUUUCAAAUAAAUAACACAUAACUAAAUUAGCAAAAUGUGAUAGCACACAAAGCUACAAAAACAAAGCAAUGCAAUAACACUAUUCUAUAGGGAAAUCUACAAAUCUAAAGACUAACAGUAAUAAUAUGGGUGUUAAAACAAUUAAAAUGCAUGCUAAUGUCUAAUGCUGUUUAUCUGCUGUACUUUUAGAUAAUGUUUUUAUGGUUUCAUUCUGUCCUUCAUUCAUGUGGAAUUAGGAGGGACCAAGGAGUAGUUGUUUUGUUUAGUUUUUCCUAGUGAGGAAGGGACAUGAGGUAAGGCUGUCUCAGUGCUUUCAGAUUAACCAAUUUGGGCAAAUUUAUGAUAUCUGGUUUGCAUUCCCCAAAGAUGCCAAAACAUGGCCAAGUGUCUGGGCCUAUCUCAUCUUGGUAAAAGGUGGAGGACACCUCAGUGACCUCAGUGUGAGAUUUUUCAGUUUGAUUAAGAAAAUCACAUUGUUUUGGCCCAUAGUUCAGUGAGUUUGUCCAUUGUGUAGAUUUUUGAGAUUUUGUUUGUUAGCUUUACUUUGAGUAUGAUGUUGUCUUGAUGUACAGAGCUAUAACAUUGGAAUUUUAUCUCAAUCUUCUUAAAGUCAUAAAUGAUAAAUAAUAUCUGAUGAAUAUUUGAAUGCCUACUAUGUGCCAAGGUAAGUAUCAGUUUACUAUCAUAAGAGAUAAAGCAUUAUACUCACUUUAAAUACAGAAAAAAUGCUUAGAUUGCUCAGGAAAACUAAACAAGGCAGAAAAAUGUAUUCAGGGUCAAGGUCAGGCCUUUUCUAGGGACCUGGUAUAUGGAAUUCUCUUGGCACCUGCUCAAGUAAGAAUUAACAAGGUUAAUUUGUUCUCUGCUUCUGAAACACAAGGGAGGAAAUUUUAGAGGGCUAUGAAAUAUCCUCUUUGAGGUUAGGGAAAACUUUGCAGAAACUAAGAAAGCUAUAAGAGUAGAAGUGCCAAAGGUGGUAAAGAAAAGUACUGAGGAGGAGGAAAUGCUGAGCCCAAAACUUGGGUAAAUAUUAGCCUUCAGUAUAGUUCAACAAGUAUGAUGGAAUCUAGUUCUUUUUACGAAGAUGGGUCAACUACUCUUGUAAAAUAGCUCAAAGAAAUCAUUUAUUCCUCAGUAACAGUAGUAGGCAGGUGAAUAGCAGUGGGUGGCUUUCUUUCUCAUUGUUUUGGGGUACAACGGGACCCAGGCUGAGAGAAACUCUGCCAUUUUCAAUAUAUAUCUUCCAAGAUCACUUCCAUUUAGGCCAUCUAUAUAGGGAAGGGAGCAUCUAAGAGAUUUUUGUGGUUUCUGCCUGGAAAUGGUCAACAUCACUUCUGCUUCCUUUCCAUUGGUAGAUCUCAAUUAUAUAGUCACCUCUGAUUAUAAAGGAGACUGUGAAAGAUAAUCUAGAUGUGCACUGAGGCAGAAGAGGAGAACUCGGGGCAAGGCCAGCAACUAGUGAUCCCUGCUAGAUUCAUUCAACUGAGCAUAGAUUCUGUGCACCCUCAGCACAAUUUCAUUGUUGCCUUUAGAUCACUCUGGAGUAGAGUUAACACAAUACGUCAUGCCAAGUCAACACUUGUAACAUUCCAGUUUUUACCAAGCAUUUUACAAAUGUUCAGUUUGAUGCUUAACCUGACCUCACAUGUCAUAGCUCUCUGGGAAGAAGUUCAGUUCUCUAUAGUAUUACAUAAUCUUAUUCAUACUGUGACCAUGAGGCAACAUGAUGAAUGCAAAAACCAUGUCUUUGGGAAUUAGAUAAACGUGAGUUUGGGUUCUUAUUCUUGGCUCAUAAUUUUGUAUGCCUGGGUAACUGUCUUAACCUCUUUGAGGCUUAGAUUUGACAUUUUAAUGACAAAAAAAAAAAACCUAAAUGAAAACCCUCCUUCCUAAAAUUGUCAAGAGAAUUAAAUUGUUUUUAAAUGUAGAAGCAAUAAAGUUAAAAUCUUAGUAAUUUUUUCAUGCCGAAAUAGCUGUUGAUACUUACUUCUCAAAUAAUAUAUAUUUUUAAACCAAGAGUAGAGAUUGAGUUUUCUUAAAUGAUAUUUUAGCAUUUAUGAAGACAGUAAUAGUUUCUUAUCUACUCAUUAUGAUGAUUAAUAUAUUAAUAGUCAGUUAUAUCCUCCCCCCCCAAUUCUGCCAAUCAUGAAGUAUCUAGGGCCACAUUCAGUGCAUAGUUAAUUGGUGCUCUUUAAAUGCUUGUUGAAUGCCUGACCUCAAAUCAAUAUUCUGGAAUUAAGAACAAUCUAAAUUUAUUACAGGCUAAAAUUUUGAAGCUUCUGCUCUGACCAUGAUGUGUACUUUUUCUACCUCAGAUGGGAUUAUAUACAAGGCAAAGGAACUUGGAAGGGGAAAAUGAUAGGCACAUUUAAAGCUUGCCUGCCAAAUCAAUUUAAAAUGAAGUUGGCAAAUUAUUUUAUCUCCUGCUUUUCCUUUCUCUGAGAUGUUUAGUACAAGUUGCUUGGUUGACGCAUAGGGAACAGAAAAGACAUGCUCUACACUUCAGUAUGGAUUAACCGGAGAACAGUAUACACUCCUAGAGAUCAGCUGGCAUGGUGACCAUGAACUUCGGAGCUUCCAAGGAUCACAGUAAAAGUGUGCAGAAGCAGGGAGAGAAAGGGUGAUAAGAGAGAAAGGGCAGUUUCAGGAACAUCUGCUUCUUCAGAUCUUUCCCACCUAAGAGUUGCCUCAUUCAAAGUCUUCAAACAACGCUCAGGAAGAAAGCCAAUUGUGUUAGAACCAUGUUUAGUGCUGAAUGCAUAGAGAAAGGGCUCUCCUCCCUGCUGUGCUCCACAUGGAGAUGAAAUGGAAGCUCUCUAUUAUGCAUUUGUGUCAAAGUCUUUCCUUCAUCCAGCUAUCCUACUUCCAGGAUAGGGUACAGAUUCUAUCUGGGUCAGCUGCUUAACCAGCCCUUGUCUUGAAUUUCUCUACCUUCUCUCGUGCAGUCUUCAAGUAUUUACUGGACUUAAGAAAUGUAAGUCUCUGUCUCUCAUGGAAGUUACAUUACAAAGAAAAGGAGGGUCUCAACAAUAAAUAGAAGACAAAUAGGUCGAUUAUUAGGGAGAGUAAUGACUACUGAUGAUGAAGUAAUAAUAAUUUUAAAAAAAAGGCUAUUUGAAAGGAAGUAAUGAAUGAGUAUUGAAUUCAGAUAAGGCAACCCAGGAAGGUCCUUUUGUGUAGAGGCCAUGUGAGCUGAGACCUGAAUGGUGAGGAGUCACAGUUUGCCAUACACAGCUCUAAGUCCAGACCCCUUUAGAAAGAGGGAGCAGCAAGUGCUAAUACACAUGUGUGAGGAUACCCUUGGCUGGUUCAAGGAAUAGAAAGAAGACUCUUGUGUCCAGAGUGGAGCCAGUACGGCUGAUGGUGUGAGAACAGAUGUCAGAUGAAGUAGUUCCUCCCAGGCAAUGGGAACAAGGGAGUUUAGAUUUUUUCCUGUGUGAUAAGAAAUCAUUUGCACCUACUAAGAAUUUAUUUAUUUGUGUUCAUUCAAUGUGGUUAAAUAUUCUGUGCUUUGGAAAGUUCUUUUUCCGCUGUCUUGAGCUCUGCACUCAAAAUUGUAGUUCCUAAGUCUGUCAAAUUGCAGAAGAAAUGGAGAAUCAUUAAAAGAAUUUUAAUAAUACUUAUUGACACUUGCAAAUUGCAAACUCUCAAAUGGCAAACUUUAUUUCUUUGUAAUCUUUUCCACAUUUAGAAUAAAUGUAGAAUUUCUAGAUGAUUGUAAUGAGGACUUUUAUUUAAUGUAUCAAAAAUUACACCAUUAUAAAGGUCCUAUUUCCAAAGGGUGAUUGCUAAAAGCCAUGUUCUUUCUUUAGGGCAUGUUUUCCAUUUAAAAGCACUUAUCUUUGUAAGAAUGAAUGAAAUGGUUAAGGGAAUUGGUGCUAAUUGGGAAUGACAAGCUGACUAUAAAGUCCUGCCCCCCUUUUCUUCUUGGUAUAUUUUUCUGAGUUUUAUGCAAACCAUUGGCACUUAUAAAUUCUUUCUAUUUCAAAUAGAUUUCAAUUGUUGGGUGCUGUGAUGUUUAGAGCUAUAUUUGUUUGAUGUUUGUCCACUUACAAGAAGUAAAUGUCUUUUUGAGAGAACAAGAAACUAUAGGCUCUUUCAAUUAAGGUAUAAAACCUCCUACUAGCAAAUAGGUCGUGUUGAUUUAAAUGAAAUAGUAGCUCUGAGGUACAUGUGUUCAAAAGUUGAAAUUUGGUGUGAUUUAAGUUUUAUUUUUACUUUGUGCUUUGUUUGUUCUUCAUUAGAUAUAUGGUGAUGCCAUUGAGACACAUGCUAUCACAAUUUUGUUUCUCUGCAGAAUUAUUUGGAACUCAAGAUUAUUAAAGACAUGUUUAGAAACAAUGAGUUUUUGAUGGCAGUUCCUAAAAUGUCUUGGGAAACUUGAUGAGGCUUGUGAUUGCUGUUUUGUUAAAUGCUCUUUAUUCCCAUGCAUUAUGCAUUCUUUUGGCUUUAGCUUUGGCUUUGGUUUUCAGUUUUUGGAUGUGAUCCUGCACUAAGUGGUGCCCACCUUGUAUAUGAUGAAGUGCCUUUGGGUAUGUUUUCUGGAGCAGGCCCACUUGCACUGCAUGCGAUGCAAGUGAAUGAGCAAGAUACUGUCUGUAUGGUUUUGGUAUUCUCGUAGUCCCUGGCUACAAAUGUAAUAGGCAUUCAGGGUUAGUGACCCUUGACAAUGGGUGAGUUAAAACUUUGCAGAGUUAAAACAAGUCUCCAGUUGUUGAGAAAUAAAAUCUAUUGGUCAAGUAUGUUAUGUUGUGAGUGACUCACCCAAAGCAAAGAAACAAAGGGUAGAGACUAUGAGUACUUCCCUUAAUAGAACAGGGGGAAUAAUGGAAACUGGCAGGUAAUUUCUCUUGGCAUUUAUCUUUUGCUUUUUUGUUUUGUUUGUUUUUGAUACUGAUUAUAAAGGUAAUAGAUGCUUAUAGAAGUUGUAAUUUGGUCUGAAAAUACUGUAUUAACCUCAAAGUAAAAUGUAACAUAAGGACCAUUAGUAAAGUAUAAUACAGGUGUUAAAGAACCAAUUCAAUUUAUUCUUUGUUCUCCAAUCCCCUUCCUGCCACAUUGUUAAGGGAGGUCUUUUGUUUGACUGCUUCUGUACAAAAAUUUGUAGAGAUAGUAGUACACAAAACAGAAAGAGAAUACUAUCUUUAGAUUGAUUUACUUAGUGAAAAAGUAGCUAGGAAGGGAAGGGGGCAUUAGGAAAAGAAAAACUAAUACAGAGAUAGGGAGAGACAUUUUGGAGGGCUCUAGGAGAAAGAAGAGGAGAAGUGGAGUAGCUGCCAUGUGGUGUGAGAUUUGGGGGAGAUCAAGUGGUAAAACAACUUUUAGGGAGUUUUACUGUGUGAGAAGAUAAGGAAGUUUGCUGAAUAUUGUAACAUGCAAUUUUCCAUUAAUCCUUCCAUAUAUUCUGAAAACAUUUCAGUAAAGAUAUCUACAUUUUUCUUCAAUACUCUCAGAGUUAAAAGUUGUGCUUCUUUCUUAUACAUCACCAUGCUGAGAUGGGAUCUUUCUAUUUGACAGACAUAUAGAUCAAGAUUUUGAUGGAAGAGCUUAAGGCACUAUAUCAAUAAAUUAGGUUAUACAGAUAAAAUAGAAUAUGCAAAAAAGAUAAUACAACUUUCCUUUAUUACCUCACCAUAAAAUAAAAUCAGACCCUAUGUAAUGCCUUGUACCCUGCUUUUUCCACUAGCUAUAUUUAUAUACAGAUACAUAUCAUUCCAUUCCAUUUGAAGGUUACAAAAUAUUGCAUUGUUUGAGGUACUACAGUUGAUUAAUUCAUUCUCCCAUUUUUGGAUAGCAGAUUGUUUCCAAACAUUUGGUUAUUAUAAACAGUAUUGCAACACCUAUUUCUGUAGCUAAGACUUGGUUAUAGCCUAAUUUGUUUUGCUAGGACAAACAAAGAAUUGGUGAGGAAUAAGUUAUUUGGAAAGAAAAGAAUCAAAUUGUAAGUAUCUAAUAUUUUCUGGGGAUGAAAUGCCAAAUUAAUUGAGGUAAAGCAAAGAAAUCACAACUAAAAUAAGUGAAAAGUUUCAUUAUAGAAAAAUAUGAAAAUUAAGCAAAGAAAACGCAUAAAAACAUUAGAAAAUGAGUCAAAGAAGGGUUCUCAAUCAUUACCUCCUUCCUGAAGUUUAUACCAUAGUUAAAUGGACUAGUGUGAUAUAAAUGUGUCAUAACUAAAAUAGAAAAUACAUAUAAUACAGAGAAGUACAAAGUAAUGUAGUAAUUAAAACUUGUCAAGAAUGACAAAAAGGAGCUAGAAAAGACCCAGAGAGAGUAAGAGUUAAGAUCCAUGAGAAUAGUUUUUUUUUAUUUUAAUCUUUUUAAUUUUUAAUUUUUAAUUAAUUUAUUUUUAAUAUAAUUUAUUGUCAAGUUGGCUAACAGAAUAACUUUUUAUAUGGAUUCCCAAGAUUAUACUGUCACAUUUUGAAAAAUGAAAACUGAGAGCUUAUGUGGUCAAAAUUAAUGAAAUUGUAAUCUAAGGUGAAGGGAGAUACACACCCAUUUGUUUUCCAUAUUUCAUAAAGCAAAAGACAAAGAACACUAUUGAAAAUUUAAUACUGAUAAUUUUAAGAAAAAAAGGCAGAAAUUCCAUAGUCUUCUACUAACCAUAAUUUGAAGAGAGUAUGUUUUAUAUGUUUUUGUAUGAAAUGUUCUUUUUCUUUUUUUAUGUGUAUGGUGGAUGGGGUAUCCAUACCAGUUAGGAAUGUGUUAAGCUGCAAAUAAAAUUCAAAUGAAAGACCCUUAAAAAAUAUAGGUUAAAUUUUCUAAUAAAACAAAAAGUCCAGAGAAAAGUGGCUGCUGAUGUCAUUUGAGCUGCUCAGAGAUGUGGUCAGAUACUGUAGUAGUCUGUUGCAUUACUGUCUACCAAAUAAACCACCCUUUUGCUGUCCAUAUUCUUUUGUCAUCCUCUGCUCUUGGGUCUGUGCUUAGCCUUUGAGGAGGUAGAGGAAGUGAGGUGUAAGUUUUACAAAAUAUUUUGGUCUUGAACUUUGCAGUUUAGAAUUGCAUGGUAUCAAAAACAGGCUCUUCCUUCCUCCCUUAGCUUCUUUCUAUCAUGAAAAACACCUUGCUGUUUAGAAAUAUGUAGAGGGGCACCUGGGUGGCACAAAUGGCCGAAUGGCCGACUUCGGCUCCCGUCAUGAGCUCACAGUUUGUGAGUUCGAGUCCCGCAUUGGGCUCUGUGCUAACAGCUCGGAGCGUGGAGCUGCUUCAGAUUCUGUGUCUUCCUCUCUCUCUUCCCUUCCCCUGCUCUCAGUCUGUCUCUCUCUCAAAAAAUAAACAUUAAAAAUUUUUUUAGGAAUAUGUAUAGACACGGAUGAAACUUGAUAUUCCUAACUCUCUAUAAAACUUCAACUGGGAAUGCUUCGGUGGCUUAUUCUGGUAAGCAUCCAACUUUGGCUGAGGUCAUGAUCUCACCGUUGAUAAGUCAAGCCCUGCAUCUGACUCUAUGCUGACAGCUCAAACCUGGAGACUGCUUUGGAUUCUGUGUUUCCCUCUCUCAAUGCCUCUUUCCCUCUCUCUCUCAAAAGUAAAUAAACUAUUAAAAAAAAAAACAAAAACACUUCAGCUGGAAUACAGAAAACCUAAGCAUUAGAGAGCUAUGGCUUUACUCAUGAGAUGACUCUGUUCCUCUCUUUCAGUUUGUGCAAUGAAAUUUUUGCUACAAAUGAUAAAGACAAAAAUAAUGUCCCCACUAUUUUUGAACCUUCACGGGUUUCUGGAAAUGAAAACAAGCCAAGAAUAAAUACGCAUCUUAAGGCUUGGAUAUGCAAGAGAUGAUUCUCAAACUUAAAUGGACUUCAGAAUCACCUGAAGGGCUUGUUAAACACAGAGUGGUAGAUCCUAUCUCCAGAGUUUCUGAUUCAGUAGGUCUGAUAUACAGCUGAGAAUUUGUAUUUCUAACAAAUGCACAGGUGAUGCUGAUGCCACUGGUUUGGGGACCAUAAGAACCACUGUGCUAGAGAUAUAGUAGAUCAGGAUAACAAAUAUAAAUGUCAAUAGGGGUCAAGCAGGUAAUAUAAAUGAUGAAAUAGGGUCGAGUAUCAUACAACAGAAAAUAUGUAAAUCUAGAGAUCUGGAGACACAAGUCCCUGCUGAAAGGGGACAGCCCUCGACACUGCUCUGUAGAUUGUAUGUAAUAGGUUCAAUGUUGCUCAAUGAACUGAUUUCUAAAGAGCAGCUGGAAAUAUAUAUUUUAUAAGUGUAAUUUCUCAAAUUGCAUAUGUUGAACACUAAAAUAGGAUUUCAGUAAUAUGUGAGUCAAAUAAUUGUAUCUUCAGGCUGGAUGUGGCCAUGUAGAUCACUUAUUGAAAACCUCUCCAAUGGGCAAAAGGUAACUGUCCACCACAACUAUUUACCCCCUACCACAUAAUAACUCAAACCUGAAUAUGCACCUGCUUUGAUUGAAUGUUGAAAGGUGUUUGUUGUAGGUAUUGAAAUUUUUGCAGCAUUGCCUAUAGAUACAACCAUCAAUAACUCAGAAGUCUAUUUUUGGGAACACUAUUAAAAGAAAGUAGCUAUAAGAUCAUGUGUAUUAUCACCUUUAACUCAUGUUUUGAUUUUUUCCUCUCUUCAUACUUCCUGACUCCCAAAAUGAUUUAAACAGAAAAUUCUGAUAAAUUUCGUCAUUAAUUCUGAUAAUUUUAAGGUAUCAUAGAUGGCUAAAGAUAACAGUAUUCUGCUAUCUUCAAAGUCUCAUGCACCUGCAAAGUUAAGAGUUGGUACCAUUUGGAAGCAAAGAAGAAAGCCUGUUGACUUGCAUGGGUUGCAUUCUUAGCCUUUUAUUCCUUAGCCUUUCAUUUCUUGAAUCAGUUAAAAUGUUUUAUUAACCAUCUGGUCACCUACAGGCUCAGGAAUAAAACAGUGCCAAAAUACACCAAGAAAUCUUGUAAACACUUUAUAUAAAAGAGUAAAAUAAAAACCUGGUCAGUUUAUCCAUCUUCAUUAAUGAUUCCUUGGAUAGUUUUCCUUCCCCACUAUGACUAACAAGUAUCAUCUAGUUAUGAGAGGCCAUUAUACAAAAUCAUUAAAACAUGCUUAACUGUACUGUGUUAAUUAUGCAAUGAUAAAUUAUUCUUUAUUUCUUCAUUAACAGUAUUGUAGCAGUAGAAUUAGCAUUGUUUGUUCCUUUUUGAAGAAAAAAAUCAUUAAUAUUAAAAAAUGAAAAUUCUGGAAACUUAAUGUUGUGGAAUGACAGUUUUAAUUUGAUUUUUAAAAUCCUAUUUGCUGCUCCCCUCAGCUAUAAAAGUGUAACCAUUAUGUCACUGUAAUUACAUUGGCUGUUUAUCUCCUCUUCCAUGGCUAUAUCUAGGUCUGUGCAACAAACUAAGGGCUGGCAUUAGACUCUGAAUCAGGAGACCUAAGGGAUCUUACUAAAUCUUCUGCUAAAUUGAUUCUAAUAGUAUAAUUUAAAUCGCUUCUAGAUUCACUCUCUGCUUUUGAAUCAUUUCAUUAUUAAGCCACAAACAAUUUAAUGUAUGCUUGUGGAGCACUAUGCUAGGCACUAUGGAGGACAGAAAAACAGUAUAAAUUUGCAUAUUUGCUGCCUUGUAGUGUUGACAGUAUAUCAUCAAAGUUAAAUAUCUAUACAUGCAACAUACAAUAAAAUACAAUCACUGAUGUGCAAUGGCACAAAGGCAAUAUUAAGAUAUAGAAAGGAAAAUUAUUCUGAUUAGACUGUUUAGAAAAUUUGUUUUUAGCCUUGAACAUUAAAAAACAACAGUAAAGACCAACAUCAUAAUGUGUGUAUCAUUUACUUUGCCUGGGACACUAGCUCUAAGAGCCUUCCAUACACUAAGUCUUAAAUCCUCCCGGGAUCUCUAUGAGUUUGGUACUGGUAUUGUCCCAUUGAUAGGUACAAGGACAAAAGAUUUUAUUAGGUCAGUCGUUUUUAAAGUAUUAUCCUAGGACCAGCAGUAUCAACAUCUCCUGGGAACUUGUUAGAAAUACAGAUUCUUGUGCUCUCCCUAUCCCAAACUUACUGAAAAAUGGAGAAUGGGACAGCCGUCUGUUUUGACAAGCUGCCUGGGUGAUUCUGAUAUUCACUAAGGUUGAAGAACACCAGCAUUAGGUGAAAAGGAUGAUAAGGACAGUGAAGUGUGUGGCAUACAAUACAUAGAGGUUUUUACUCCUGGCAGUUGGUCCUAUCUUUGCCCCUUAUUGCAUGUGUGGCCUUAAAUAUGUUACUUAUCCUAUUUAAAUCUCAGAUUUGUCAUCUGUAAACUGGGGAGAACAGCUGUUAUUACUCCUCCUUGCUAUUGAGCAUUACAUGAGAUCAUACACAUAAAACUCUUAGCAUAGGUUCUGAUGCAAAGUAAGCUUUCAGUAAAUGGUAGCUUUUGUUACAGUGAUUGCCGUCACUGUCUUCACUGUUAUCAUUGACAUCCCCAUUCAGGUAGAGAGACGGCCUGAAUUAAGUCCAGGAGGAAGGAGUAGAUAGUUUUCCUAGGUGGAAGAUUUCUCUUUUGUGGCAGAUGUGGAUCACAAAUAAUGAAUGGAAAUAUUAAAGUCUCAAUAUUUAUAUCCUUCAAAAACCUUCUCUGAUUAAUCUUCCCCAUGGAGUAUGUGUGUGUGUGUGUGUGUGUGUGUAUACUUUCCUGGAACAUGUAUCGAUAUAGCCUGCCCUGAAUAAAUUCUCACUUUUUUAAAAUGUUACCCUGUAAUUGCUCCAAUUUGAAAGACAAACAACAACCAAGAAUAAACAACCUGGGAUAAACAACCAAGUCUCCUGGACCUCCAAUUUCUUUAAUGUUCUCUAUUGGGAGAGUUGAACAGCUCCUAUUCUGGAGUUAGACUGGAUUCAAAACCAGGUUCCACCACUCAUGAGCUGUUUGACUUUGGACCAGGGGCCCAAGGUUCACCAACUUUAAAAUGGAAUCAAGUUUAAGAAAAUAUUAUUGGGAUGUUUAAUUUAAUUUCCAAAUUCAAAAUAAGGGCAUCUUUGGAGGGGAUUGUUGAGAUUAUUGGAAGAAGGAAUCCAAAAUCAUCAUCAUCAUCAUCAUCAUCAUCAUCAUCAUCAUCAAUAAAUAAAAAUAAAAAAAAGAAGUAAUCCAAAAGAAGCUCCUAUCUCAUUGUCUGAGAGAUAAGAAGCUCUCAAUAAUGAUUCUUUUUUUCUUUUUUUUUUUCAUUGUUUCCCCUUUCUUUUGGCACCCAGUGAGUUCAAGAAGCGUGCUGUUCAUGGGUUUGUGAGAUUCCAAAAUGGUGCAACUCAGCAAGGCAGGCCAUAGAGGCAACGGUGUGUAAAUGCCAACUCUUUCCAUUGUUUUUCCUAGGUGAUAAAAUGUGUAUACCCUGGUAGUGGGUGAGAAUAGAAAAGGAUAGCAUAGGAGAGGUAAGAGGGGUGGAGGAUCAAGGGGCAGAAUUGCUGCAGACACAAGUUGCUUAGCAAACGUUGGUGAAAAAAGGGGUUAAAGGAGAUAUAUUUUCUAGUCUCAUGUAUACACUAUGAAAGAUACUCUGGGGACAUUUCUGAGUAUAAUACAAGGCUAUAGAUUUCCUGAAUAGUAUUAUGCUAAUGUCUGUCACAGUCCUGUUGUGACUUUGGGCAAAUCACUUCACUUCCCUCUUCCAUUUUAAGAACAUGAACAAAUUAAUAUAGACUUGCUAGAAUGUAUGAGUGCUUACUCUGUGUUAGGCACUGUAUAAUAUUUUGUGGAACAGUCUCUGUAGGUCCUUAUAAUACUACCUAGUCAAGUGAGGAUUAUCAUCCUCUUUUCACAGAACAGGAAAGAGAGACUAAGACAGACUAAGAAUUUUGCUGAGAGGUCACAGAUAACAAAGGAAAUUCAAACUGGAAUUCAAAUCCAUGUGUAUGGAGUCAGAGUCUCAACUCUUGCAUAUUAUCCUGGAGGAAAAUGAGCAGAUUGAAGUAAACAAUUCAGUGUUUCUACCUCAGAGUAGAAUUCUGUAGAUUCUACCCACCCACCAAUUUUUACACAUCCUACUUAGAUUUUAAUAUAUAUUCUGGUGAUUCCCCAUAUGAUAAAAUAGUAAAUUUUCCAUAAAUCGUAUAUUACCAAUUCUUGAAUAUUUCUGUAACACCCUCUUAUGUGUCAGCCUUCACCAUUCUGGUAUCUGCUCUCCUGAUUUAUCAAACCUUCAGAAAUGCUAGGGAAUUCUCCUUUUGCAGUAAAGAAUAAAAAUUAUUUUCUUAGUUUGUACUGUAUCUGUGGUGGCUGGGACUAGGUCAAACACAGAAUUCCUAGUAGCCUGAAUGUCUAUUUUAGAUUCAAAAUUGAAGGUCUCAUGUUCUCCCAAAGGCUUAUUUUGCUGAAGGAUUGGUCUGAAAAUAAAGAGGCUGUGUUUUUAUAUUUUAGAUAUUGUUGUUUCUUUUGCAGAAGGAAUGGAAAGAUUGAUCCUUGGCUUUAGGGCUAGCAUGAACAUGGUAGCUUGUGAACCCAUGCUACUGGCCCAGGGGACACAUUCUCUCCCACCUCUACCCACAUUCUCAGAUUCUCUUUUUUGUAAAUCUUGAUGUGGUAGACAAGAUGGGGCAUCCUUGAAAUAAUCUCACUGUUAGUGCUUAUGGAAAUAUAUUCAUGAGUGAUUUAGGAAAUGUGACAGUUGAGUAGUGUGUGUUUUUUCCUAAACUCUGGGCUGUUUUCCCACGGACUGUGUGUCACAUCCUCCAAUUCCCCCAACAGCUGCAAAGGAACACAAGCCCUCACUGGGGUCUUGGAUAGGGAAUUGCCACACUGUAGGAUCUUCCUUAUGAUGGAUGCAAACAAGCACUAAGUCAAGAUGUUUUUACCUGUAUGUUUUCUAUAUGUCUUCCCCUAUUCAGAGUGUUGCCAUGUAUUUUUUUCCAUCUGAAUAUUAUUUCGUUAGCGGUAUACAUAGUGUGAACAUUUAAUGUUGUUGACAUUUGCUUAGCAAGUGAAACUGGCAGACAGACUUGUUAGCAUCAUCAAAUUGUACUGAGGCAUCUGGAUGCCCAAGAUAUGUGCAGGGUCAGAUAGCAAAUGGGUUAAAUAGCUUUUGCAGCCUAAGAUUUUAUUAUCUCAAACAGCUAACUCGUAUGUGAGCCAAGUACAAUGGAAGAUGGUGAAAACUUUCCCAAGAAGAUGAAGACAGAGUAUGGAUAAACAAAGGGAAGGGUGGCCAAGUGAAAAGUACCAACACUUUGGCCUCCCUUUUCUGAAAGCAUCGGCUCUCUGUCAGAUCCGGGAUAAUGGACGUAAAGGACAGGCGACAUCGCUCUCUGACCAGGGGACGGUGUGGCAAAGAGUGCCGCUACACAAGUUCCUCCCUGGACAGCGAAGACUGCCGUGUGCCCACGCAAAAGUCCUAUAGCUCCAGUGAGACUCUGAAGGCCUAUGACCACGACAGCAGGAUGCACUAUGGAAACCGAGUCACAGACCUCGUUCACCGGGAGUCAGAUGAGUUUCCAAGACAAGCUGCCAUGGAGCUUAAUAAAGACAUAAUUAUACAAGAUGAAUUAAAGCAAAAUCAACCUUCCAUCAAUGAGCAAAGAACUAACUUCACCCUUGCGGAAUUGGGAAUGUGUGAGCCCUCCCCACACCGAAGUGGCUACUGUUCUGACAUGGGGAUCCUUCAUCAGGGCUACUCUCUGAGCACAGGGUCUGACGCCGACUCCGACACAGAGGGAGGGAUGUCUCCAGAACACGCCAUCAGACUGUGGGGGAGAGGGAUAAAAUCCAGACGCAGUUCCGGCCUGUCCAGUCGUGAGAACUCAGCCCUUACUUUGACCGAUUCUGACAACGAAAAUAAGUCAGAUGAUGAGAACGGUCGUCCCAUUCCACCUACAUCCUCGUCUAGCCUCCUCCCAUCUGCUCAGCUGCCUAGCUCCCAUAAUCCUCCACCAGUUAGCUGCCAGAUGCCAUUGCUAGACAGCAACACCUCCCAUCAAAUCAUGGACACCAACCCUGAUGAGGAGUUCUCCCCCAAUUCAUACCUGCUCAGAGCAUGCUCAGGGCCCCAGCAAGCCUCCAGCAGUGGUCCUCCAAACCACCACAGCCAAUCGACUCUGAGGCCCCCUCUGCCUCCCCCUCACAACCACACUCUGUCCCAUCACCACUCAUCUGCCAACUCCCUCAACAGGAACUCACUGACCAACCGGCGGAGCCAGAUCCACGCCCCAGCUCCUGCACCCAAUGACCUGGCCACCACACCGGAGUCCGUUCAGCUCCAGGACAGCUGGGUGCUAAACAGCAACGUGCCACUGGAAACUAGGCACUUUCUCUUUAAAACCUCCUCGGGAAGCACACCCCUGUUUAGCAGCUCUUCUCCGGGAUACCCUUUGACCUCAGGAACCGUUUACACGCCACCACCCCGCCUGCUGCCCCGGAAUACCUUCUCCAGGAAGGCCUUCAAGCUGAAGAAGCCCUCCAAAUACUGCAGCUGGAAAUGUGCCGCCCUGUCCGCCAUCGCCGCAGCCCUCCUUUUGGCGAUUCUGCUGGCAUACUUCAUAGCAAUGCAUCUGCUCGGACUCAAUUGGCAACUGCAGCCGGCAGAUGGACACACCUUUAACAAUGGGAUAAGGACCGGCCUACCAGGAAGCGAUGAUGUGGCAACAAUGCCAUCUGGAGGCAAAGUGCCCUGGUCAUUGAAAAACAGCAGCAUAGACAGUGGUGAAGCAGAAGUUGGUCGACGGGUGACCCAAGAAGUCCCACCAGGCGUGUUUUGGAGAUCACAGAUUCACAUCAGUCAACCCCAGUUCUUAAAGUUCAAUAUCUCCCUUGGGAAGGAUGCUCUCUUUGGUGUUUACAUAAGAAGAGGACUUCCACCAUCCCAUGCCCAGUAUGACUUCAUGGAACGUCUGGAUGGGAAGGAGAAGUGGAGUGUGGUUGAGUCACCCAGGGAACGCCGGAGCAUACAGACCCUCGUUCAAAAUGAAGCCGUGUUUGUACAGUACCUGGAUGUGGGCCUGUGGCACUUGGCCUUCUACAAUGAUGGCAAAGACAAAGAGAUGGUUUCCUUCAACACUGUUGUCUUAGAUUCAGUGCAAGACUGUCCACGUAACUGCCACGGGAAUGGCGAAUGUGUGUCCGGGCUAUGUCACUGCUUCCCAGGAUUUCUAGGAGCAGACUGUGCUAAAGCUGCCUGCCCCGUCCUGUGCAGUGGAAACGGACAAUAUUCCAAAGGGACGUGCCAGUGCUACAGCGGCUGGAAAGGCGCAGAGUGUGAUGUGCCCAUGAAUCAGUGCAUCGAUCCUUCCUGCGGGGGCCAUGGCUCCUGCAUUGAUGGGAACUGUGUGUGCUCCGCUGGCCACAAAGGCGAGCACUGUGAGGAAGUUGAUUGCUUGGAUCCCACCUGUUCCAGCCAUGGGGUCUGUGUAAAUGGAGAAUGCCUUUGCAGCCCUGGCUGGGGUGGUCUAAACUGUGAGCUGGCAAGAGUCCAGUGCCCAGACCAGUGCAGUGGGCAUGGAACUUACGUCCCCGACACAGGUCUCUGCAGCUGUGAUCCCAACUGGAUGGGUCCCGACUGCUCUGUUGAAGUGUGCUCAGUAGACUGUGGCACUCACGGCGUCUGCAUCGGGGGAGCCUGCCGCUGUGAAGAGGGCUGGACAGGCGCAGCUUGUGACCAGCGCGUGUGCCACCCCCGCUGCAUUGAGCACGGGACCUGUAAAGAUGGCAAAUGUGAAUGCCGAGAGGGCUGGAAUGGUGAACACUGCACCAUUGGUAGGCAAACGGCAGGCACCGAAACAGGCACAUAUUGCUUUAUUUUCAUAAAUCGUAGAUCUAUAGUGAUGGUCGUGCAUUGCAACUGGCUGUUCCUUCAGGGAUAUGAGUGCUCUACAACAUUCCUGCUGCCUCUCCAAAUCUUCAGGGGGAUAGAGAAGGGAAAAACAAGGUCCCCAACUAGAAAAGUCUUUCCCUUUUUUCCAGAAUUCCAUAUUGGGAGGAAAAGAACAAAACUAGAGAAGCCGCUGGGAGAUAGCAGUGCCAAUUUAAAGUUCACGGUGUCGUUUGAAAGUGUUCGGCAGCAGCAGCCCAUAAUCAUGCAACAUGAUGAGGUCAUUACAGGAAUAACAUUUGUCCACAUUUUCAACUAUUUCCUUUCAGUCUUUUAUUUUCUAUGCAUAUAUACUGGAAUUAAACUAGACUUGUCGUGUGAAACCUGCCACUUCAAGCCCUUGGGAAGAGUUGAUGCUGUUCAUGACAAAGGUGUUAGCAUCUCUCAGCAGCUUUGUGUUGUGCAAUGCACUGACCCUGGCUCUCCCUCUGCCCUUCCAGAUGGCCUGGUGGAUUGCCUGGACCCUGACUGCUGCCUGCAGUCUGCCUGUCAGAACAGCCUGCUCUGCCGAGGGUCCCGGGACCCCCUGGACAUCAUUCAGCAGGGCCAGACAGACUCGCCUGCCGUGAAGUCCUUCUAUGACCGCAUCAAGCUCUUGGCAGGCAAAGACAGCACCCACAUCAUUCCUGGAGACAACCCCUUCAAUAGCAGCUUGGUUUCUCUCAUUCGAGGCCAAGUAGUAACUACAGAUGGGACUCCUCUGGUUGGUGUGAAUGUGUCUUUUGUCAAGUACCCAAAAUAUGGCUACACCAUCACCCGCCAAGAUGGCACGUUUGACCUGAUUGCCAAUGGGGGUGCCUCCUUGACCCUGCACUUCGAGCGAGCCCCAUUCAUGAGCCAGGAGCGCACCGUGUGGCUGCCAUGGAAUAGCUUUUACGCCAUGGACACCCUGGUAAUGAAGACUGAGGAGAACUCCAUCCCCAGCUGUGACCUCAGUGGCUUUGUCCGACCAGAUCCAAUCAUCAUCUCCUCCCCGCUGUCCACUUUCUUCAGCGCCGCCCCUGGGCAGAAUCCCAUCGUGCCUGAGACUCAGGUUCUUCAUGAAGAAAUUGAGCUCCCUGGUUCCACUGUGAAGCUUCGCUACCUGAGCUCCAGGACCGCAGGCUAUAAGUCUCUGUUGAAGAUCACCAUGACCCAGUCCACGGUGCCCCUGAAUCUUAUCAAGGUUCAUCUGAUGGUAGCUGUAGAGGGGCACCUCUUCCAGAAGUCAUUCCAGGCCUCUCCCAACCUGGCCUACACCUUCAUCUGGGAUAAGACAGAUGCAUAUGGCCAAAGGGUUUACGGACUCUCUGAUGCUGUUGUAUCUGUUGGGUUUGAAUAUGAGACCUGCCCCAGUCUAAUACUGUGGGAGAAAAGGACAGCCCUCCUUCAAGGAUUCGAGCUAGACCCUUCCAACCUCGGUGGCUGGUCCCUGGACAAACAUCACAUUCUCAAUGUUAAAAGUGGAAUCCUACACAAGGGCACGGGGGAGAACCAGUUCCUGACCCAGCAGCCUGCCAUCAUCACCAGCAUUAUGGGCAAUGGCCGCCGACGAAGCAUUUCCUGUCCUAGUUGCAAUGGCCUUGCUGAAGGCAACAAGCUACUGGCCCCAGUAGCUCUGGCCGUUGGAAUUGAUGGGAGCCUCUUCGUUGGAGACUUCAAUUACAUCCGGCGCAUUUUUCCUUCUCGAAAUGUGACCAGCAUUUUGGAGUUACGAAAUAAAGAGUUUAAACAUAGCAACAACCCAGCACACAAGUACUAUUUGGCAGUAGACCCUGUGUCCGGCUCUCUCUACGUGUCUGACACCAACAGUCGGCGAAUCUACCGAGUCAAGUCUCUGAGUGGAGCUAAAGACCUGGCUGGGAAUUCAGAAGUGGUGGCAGGGACUGGAGAGCAGUGCUUGCCCUUUGAUGAAGCCCGCUGUGGAGAUGGGGGGAAGGCUGUGGAUGCAACCCUGAUGAGCCCUCGAGGUAUUGCAGUGGACAAGAACGGACUCAUGUACUUUGUUGAUGCCACCAUGAUCCGGAAGGUUGACCAGAAUGGAAUCAUCUCCACUUUGCUGGGCUCCAAUGACCUCACUGCUGUCCGGCCACUGAGCUGUGACUCCAGCAUGGAUGUGGCCCAGGUUCGCCUGGAGUGGCCAACAGACCUUGCUGUCAACCCCAUGGACAACUCCUUGUAUGUUCUUGAGAACAACGUCAUCCUUCGAAUCACUGAGAAUCACCAAGUCAGCAUCAUUGCAGGACGCCCCAUGCAUUGCCAGGUUCCUGGAAUUGACUACUCACUCAGCAAACUAGCCAUUCACUCCGCUCUGGAGUCAGCCAGUGCCAUUGCUAUUUCUCACACUGGGGUCCUCUAUAUCACUGAGACAGAUGAGAAGAAGAUUAAUCGUCUACGCCAGGUAACAACAAAUGGGGAGAUCUGCCUCUUAGCUGGGGCAGCCUCAGACUGUGACUGCAAAAAUGAUGUCAAUUGCAACUGCUACUCAGGAGACGAUGCCUAUGCGACUGAUGCCAUCUUGAAUUCCCCAUCAUCCUUAGCUGUAGCUCCAGAUGGUACCAUCUACAUCGCAGAUCUUGGAAAUAUUCGGAUUAGGGCGGUCAGCAAAAACAAGCCUGUUCUUAAUGCUUUCAACCAGUAUGAGGCUGCAUCCCCCGGAGAACAGGAGUUGUAUGUUUUCAACGCUGAUGGCAUCCACCAGUACACCGUGAGCCUGGUGACAGGGGAGUACUUGUACAAUUUCACAUAUAGUGCUGACAAUGAUGUCACCGAAUUGAUUGACAAUAAUGGGAAUUCCCUAAAGAUCCGUCGGGACAGUAGUGGCAUGCCCCGCCACCUGCUCAUGCCUGACAACCAGAUCAUCACCCUCACCGUGGGCACCAAUGGAGGUCUCAAAGUCGUGUCCACACAGAAUCUGGAGCUUGGCCUCAUGACCUACGAUGGGAACACUGGCCUCCUAGCCACCAAGAGUGAUGAAACAGGAUGGACAACUUUCUAUGACUAUGACCACGAAGGCCGCCUGACCAAUGUGACACGCCCCACGGGGGUGGUGACCAGUCUGCACCGGGAAAUGGAGAAAUCCAUCACCAUUGACAUUGAGAACUCCAACCGUGAUGAUGAUGUCACUGUCAUUACCAAUCUGUCUUCAGUGGAGGCCUCCUACACGGUGGUACAAGAUCAAGUGCGGAACAGCUACCAGCUCUGUAAUAACGGUACCCUGAGGGUGAUGUAUGCCAAUGGAAUGGGUGUCAGCUUCCACAGUGAGCCCCAUGUCCUAGCAGGUACCAUCACCCCCACCAUUGGGCGCUGCAACAUCUCCCUGCCCAUGGAGAAUGGCCUAAAUUCCAUUGAGUGGCGCCUAAGAAAGGAACAGAUUAAAGGCAAAGUCACCAUCUUUGGCAGGAAGCUCCGGGUCCAUGGAAGAAAUCUCUUGUCCAUUGAUUAUGACCGGAAUAUUCGGACAGAAAAGAUCUAUGAUGAUCACCGGAAGUUCACUCUGAGGAUCAUUUAUGACCAGGUGGGGCGCCCAUUCCUCUGGCUCCCCAGUAGUGGGUUGGCAGCAGUCAAUGUCUCAUACUUCUUCAAUGGGCGCUUGGCUGGCCUUCAGCGUGGAGCCAUGAGUGAAAGGACAGACAUUGACAAGCAGGGACGAAUUGUGUCCCGCAUGUUUGCUGAUGGGAAAGUGUGGAGCUACUCCUACCUUGAUAAGUCUAUGGUCCUCCUGCUUCAGAGUCAGCGUCAGUACAUAUUUGAGUAUGACUCCUCCGACCGUCUCCACGCCGUCACCAUGCCCAGUGUCGCCCGGCACAGCAUGUCCACCCAUACCUCCAUUGGCUACAUCCGCAACAUUUAUAAUCCCCCUGAAAGCAAUGCUUCAGUCAUUUUUGACUACAGUGAUGAUGGCCGCAUCCUCAAGACGUCCUUUUUGGGCACUGGGCGUCAGGUAUUCUACAAGUAUGGGAAACUCUCCAAGCUAUCAGAGAUUGUCUAUGACAGUACUGCUGUCACUUUUGGGUAUGAUGAGACCACUGGUGUUUUAAAAAUGGUCAGUCUCCAGAGUGGAGGUUUCUCCUGCACAAUCAGGUACCGGAAGAUUGGCCCACUUGUGGACAAGCAGAUCUACAGGUUCUCUGAGGAAGGCAUGGUCAAUGCCAGGUUUGACUACACCUAUCAUGACAACAGCUUCCGGAUUGCAAGCAUCAAGCCCGUCAUAAGUGAGACUCCCCUUCCUGUUGACCUCUACCGCUAUGAUGAAAUUUCUGGCAAGGUGGAGCAUUUUGGCAAGUUUGGAGUCAUCUAUUAUGACAUCAACCAGAUCAUCACCACUGCUGUAAUGACCCUCAGCAAACACUUUGACACCCACGGGCGGAUCAAGGAAGUCCAGUAUGAGAUGUUUCGGUCCCUUAUGUACUGGAUGACGGUGCAGUAUGACAGUAUGGGAAGGGUGAUAAAGAGGGAGCUAAAACUGGGGCCCUAUGCUAACACCACAAAGUAUACCUAUGACUAUGAUGGAGAUGGGCAGCUCCAGAGUGUGGCUGUCAAUGACCGCCCAACCUGGCGCUAUAGCUAUGACCUCAAUGGGAACCUCCAUUUGCUGAACCCGGGAAAUAGUGUGCGCCUUAUGCCCCUGCGCUAUGAUCUCCGGGAUAGGAUAACCAGACUCGGUGAUGUGCAAUACAAAAUUGAUGAUGAUGGCUAUCUGUGCCAGAGAGGGGCUGACAUCUUUGAGUAUAACUCCAAGGGCCUCCUAACAAGAGCCUACAACAAGGCCAGUGGGUGGAGUGUCCAGUACCGCUACGAUGGUGUGGGGCGGCGGGCUUCCUACAAGACCAACCUGGGCCACCACCUGCAGUAUUUCUACUCUGACCUUCACAACCCAACCCGCAUCACCCAUGUCUAUAAUCACUCCAACUCAGAGAUAACCUCACUCUACUAUGACCUCCAAGGUCACCUCUUUGCCAUGGAGAGCAGCAGUGGGGAGGAGUACUACGUUGCCUCAGAUAACACAGGCACUCCUCUGGCUGUGUUCAGCAUCAAUGGUCUCAUGAUCAAACAACUGCAGUAUACGGCCUAUGGGGAGAUUUAUUAUGACUCUAACCCUGACUUCCAGAUGGUCAUUGGCUUCCAUGGUGGACUCUAUGAUCCCCUGACCAAGCUGGUCCACUUCACUCAGCGUGAUUAUGAUGUGCUGGCAGGACGAUGGACCUCUCCAGACUAUACCAUGUGGAAAAAUGUGGGCAAGGAGCCAGCCCCCUUUAAUUUGUAUAUGUUCAAGAGCAACAAUCCUCUCAGCAAUGAGCUGGAUUUGAAGAACUACGUGACAGAUGUGAAAAGCUGGCUUGUGAUGUUUGGAUUUCAGCUUAGCAACAUAAUUCCUGGCUUCCCAAGAGCCAAAAUGUAUUUCGUGCCUCCUCCCUAUGAAUUGUCAGAGAGUCAAGCCAGUGAGAAUGGACAGCUCAUUACAGGUGUCCAGCAGACAACUGAGAGGCAUAAUCAGGCCUUCAUGGCUCUGGAAGGGCAAGUUAUCUCAAAAAAGCUCCAUGCCAACAUCCGAGAGAAAGCAGGCCACUGGUUUGCCACCACCACACCCAUCAUCGGCAAAGGCGUCAUGUUUGCCAUCAAAGAAGGACAAGUGACUACCGGCGUGUCCAGCAUUGCCAGCGAGGACAGCCGCAAGGUGGCUUCCGUGCUGAACAAUGCCUAUUACCUGGACAAGAUGCACUACAGCAUUGAAGGCAAGGACACCCACUACUUUGUGAAGAUUGGCUCAGCCGAUGGUGAUCUGGUCACGCUGGGCACCACCAUAGGCCGCAAGGUGCUAGAGAGCGGGGUGAACGUGACCGUGUCGCAGCCCACACUGCUGGUCAACGGCAGGACUCGAAGGUUCACCAACAUUGAAUUCCAGUACUCCACACUGCUGCUCAGUAUCCGCUACGGCCUCACCCCCGACACCCUGGACGAAGAGAAGGCCCGCGUCCUGGACCAGGCGAGACAGAGGGCCCUGGGCACUGCCUGGGCCAAGGAGCAGCAGAAAGCCAGGGAUGGGCGAGAGGGGAGCCGCCUGUGGACUGAGGGCGAGAAGCAGCAGCUCCUGAGCACGGGACGUGUGCAAGGUUAUGAGGGGUAUUACGUGCUUCCUGUAGAGCAAUACCCAGAGCUUGCAGACAGUAGCAGCAACAUCCAGUUUUUAAGACAGAAUGAGAUGGGAAAGAGGUAACAAAAUAAUCUGCUGCCAUUCCCUGUCUGGAUGGCUUGGCGGGAGUAACUGUUAUCUCCUCUCCUAAGGAGAUGAAGACCUAACAGGGGCACUAAGGCCGGGCUGCUUUAGGAUACCAAGUGGCAAGGAAGCUCACAUUUUUUGAGUUCAAAUGCUACUAUCUAAGCAAGAAGUCCCACAUCCUGAAGUAGACUAAAGCCUGGCUGAAAAUUCUGAGGAAAACAAAACAAACGAAUGAAUGAACAAACACACAAAAUGUUUCAAGUUCCCCUAAAAUAUGACCCACUUGUUCUGGGUCUACACAGGAAAAAAAAAAAAAAAAAAAAAAAAGAUGUGAAAUGUCUAAAAGGAACAAGAGAACAGAAAAAACAAAACAACACAAAAAAAAAAACAAAAAACAAAACACGUACACACGACUGAAAAACAAAGACGUGAAGACAAGAAGGCCUCCUAUUCUAUUACCUCACUCAUCCACACGUGAGCGACGCAGACACAUCCACCAGGGCCAGCGUCACAGACCAGCUGAGGAAAUCGAUUCAGACUGCUUGUUGGACAAAUACCACAGACGUUUUCGUUUCAACCAGUACAGGUGCAUUGAAAACACGACUUUGGGGGUGAUUUGUGUGUAGCGACCGGGGAGGGGGGGAUACAAGUGAAACAGUGAGCACUGGAAAUACUUUUUAAAGAAAGAAAAAAAAAAACUAAAAACACACACACACAAAAGGAAAUUACUAUCAAAAAAUCAAAGCGAGAUAAUACCGUUCAGCACUUAACUCUCAGGUCCCAACUUAGUCCGGCCUGAGUUAAUUUAUUUGAGCGCAGAGUGUACAAUUUAAUUCAAAAUGGUGGCUAUAAUCACUACAGAUAAAUUUCAUACUCUUUUGUCUUUGAAGAUUCCAUUGUGGACAGUAAUACGCAGUUACAGGGUGUAGUCUGUUUAGAUUCCGUAGUUCGUGGGUAUCAGUUGCAGUAGAGGUGUGGCAUUGUGACACUCUUGCUAAUGGGCACCACUUCAGAUCACCCUGUACAUACAUAAGCCUCAAGGCACAAUCACCGUUUCAGAUUUUAAAUUAUUAGUGUGUUUGUUUGGUCCAGAAACUGAGACAAUCACAUGACAGUCACCAUGAGGAGAGAAAAUAAAAAAUUAAAAAAAAAAAAAAACACAAAAAAUAAAAAAUAAAAAAAAAAGUCUAAUAAGAACUUUGGUACAGGAACUUUUUUGUAAUAUACAUGUAUGAAUUGUUCAUCGAGUUUUUAUAUUAAUUUUAAUUUGCUGCUAAGCAAAGACUAGGGACAGGCAAAGAUAAUUUAUGGCAAAGUGUUUAAAUUGUUUAUACAUAAAUAAAGUCUCUAAAACUCCUGUGGA